GCAGGAAAGUUUAGGGAUCGUGUUGUGUUAAAUGUGAAAUGCACCGGUACUUAUGCUAUAUUGCGCUUGUUCUAGGUAUUUGAUAUUCCCGUCGCCGUUUCCAUGCGCUGCUGUCAAACCCCUCUACACAGAUGUCCCGGUCUGCGCAUGUGAAGAAAGUUGGUAGUGGUUUCUUAAACGCAGCGGGGAUGAAGUGGAGCAACAGAAGUACCAUGUUGAUGAGGUCAAAUUGCUUGCUGUAUUUUUCUCAUGAUCAUGUGUGCAUUUAAAAGGCGGCGCUGUAAAUAAAAACCAAUAGAACGUCAGUAUCUUAUUUGAGUGAUCGUAAGGGAGGUUGUUGGUAGGAAGUAAAUGGUGGUAGACUGAAAGAGAUGACUAAAUAAGUGGAAGUUGUUGAAAACGCUUGCUACCACUCGAUUUUUUUUUUCUGGACGUAGCUGCAAAUGAUUAAUCGACUGUGCUUCUAAAUGUCUCGCAACAGGCAUGAAGUGUUCAAGGAAAAAGUUUUGAAGAGACUAUAUCCAUUCCCUUCCGAGAAUAAUAACAAGCCAAAGACAUUUGGUACAGUAACUGCUGUGUCAAAACUAGACCAGAAGACGAAUGAAGAGUUCAAACCCUGUAAGAGCAGCAGCAGCAUUGGAAGUGACGUGCAAGCCAGCUCUGUGCACAGGAAACAAUACACAGUGAGUCUUCCGCCGGAUGAUUAUAUGAUAGGUGUUGAAAAAUACAGUGAGCCCAAUGAGCCAGAAGCCAGAAACAGUGAAGAAGACACAGCUGAGGAGGGUACUCCUGAAAAGAUACAAAGAAGGAGGAAGAGGAAGAAAAGAAAUAUUGGGAAUUCUUCACAGGAAAAAGGAGAUGCUAGGGGAGGUGAUACUGUGGCCAAGCAGGACAAGGAAAAACAAAACCUAACUGUGAAAGUAAGUAAGAACAAAAAAAGAAAACUGAAAAAGAAACGACACAAGGAAAAGCUUCGUUCUGCAGGAAUGAUACCUAAAUCCAUGGCUGUGGAGUUCACUUAUCAGCCAGGAGAAUCCAGCAGUGAAGAUGAAGAUCUGGAUGCAACGGAAAGGAAGGCAGCAGAGGUAUUGGAUUUCUUACAAGCAACGCAGGAGAUCUAUUUUGCUGACCGCACAUCCCCUGUUUCUGAGCCCAUGGUUCCUCCUGCGACUGUUGGUGGCAUUCUGAACAAUCUUUACACUCGCACUGUGCCUUCCUCAGACGUGGCCGUGCUGUAUGAGCUCAAGUCCCUUGUCCUCCUGCAGGAUAUUGAAAUGCUAAAGAGCGCUCUGGAAGAAUUCCAAGACAAUUCAAUGAUGCCUCCCGAGGAGGCCACUGCAAUCUGUUCCUUAUUUAGAUACUGGAUUACACACAUCUUGCCUCUGCGCAAACAGGAACUAAAGUAAUCAAAGCUGCUUUACCUUGUUGAACAUGAAUGCAUGUAAAUCUGCAGAAUAGUGUUAGUAUAUGCAUAUAUACUAAAGAGUAAUGUGGCAUGGACUUUAGAAACCUUUUAAACUGUGAACUGAUAAGUGUUGAGAUUUUGUAAUCUGUAUUUUGUGACUGCUGUAUUGUGUUGUAUCAAGGUAAGCAUGCAUUAACAAUUAAAUAUUAAUCCAUA